CACAUUAUUUAGAGUUGUUUUAUAAAUGAGAAUGCUAUUUAAACAAAAUUUUUUACAUAAAUUAAUAUAAUCUGCGUUUUUCUAAGAACUAUCAAAAUCAACAGCUGAUCACACAUCACACGGAUUUCAGCUGGAGUUCAACGUGUCAAAGGGUGUCAACAAAAUAUUUGAAAUUCAAGUUGAAAUUGAUAAGCAAAUGUUUAUUUAAAUGUGGCAAAAUUAACUCAAACGUGUACAGUUCUAUUUAUAUAAAGAAACUUAAUAUCAAGUCAGGAAUAAGGUGCCUGUCUUAAAAAACUACAGUGCCGGUCUAACAAUUAACUAAAUAUUGUUAUAAGUAACAUAUUUUCAAGUAAAAUGAAGAAAGCAGACACAGCAAACACCUUGAAAUAUGUAAGCCUGCUUACAUUAACCCUGCAAAAUGCCGUGCUAGGAUUAAGUAUGAGGCAUGCCAGGACCAGGGAGGGAGACAUGUUCUUUUCUUCAACUGCUGUUUUGAUGUCAGAAAUUGUGAAACUCGUCACAUGCCUCGGGAUAGUAUAUGUUGAAGCAGGCGGUAUACGAGGUCUAAUAAACACAAUAGACCAACAAAUCAUAAAACAACCUAUAGACACACUUAAAGUAUGUGUCCCCUCAUUCGUCUAUCUCAUACAAAACAACCUCCUGUAUGUAUCAGCCUCACAUCUCGACGCAGCAACCUACCAGGUGACCUACCAACUGAAAAUCCUCACAACGGCAAUGUUCUCGGUGUUUAUUUUGAGGAGGUCUCUUCUCAAAACACAAUGGCUGUCUCUGCUAACACUUAUAAUCGGUGUUGUCUUGGUGCAGUUAGCUCAAAGCAGUGAGCAUUCCAAUUCCAAAAAUGCAGAGGGACAAAAUAAGUUUAUCGGUUCUAUGGCAGCUUUGACAGCCUGUGCCCUUUCAGGCUUUGCUGGAGUGUACUUUGAGAAAAUCCUAAAGGGUAGUGAUGUGACAGUUUGGAUGCGUAACGUCCAGCUGUCUCUGUGUUCCAUUCCUUUGGGUUGGUUAUCAUGUUACUUAUAUGACGGACAGUUAAUAAGUGAAAAAGGAUUUUUCUUUGGAUACGACAAGUUUGUGAAUUAUCUGAUUGUCUUGCAAGCAGGAGGAGGCCUAAUCGUGGCGGUAGUUGUUAAGUAUGCCGAUAAUAUUUUAAAGGGUUUUGCCACAUCUUUAGCUAUAGUGAUCUCUUGUAUAGGCUCUAUAUAUUUAUUCGGAUUUGUAUUGAGUUUUCAGUUUGUUAUAGGGGCAGGUUUUGUAAUAUUUUCCAUAUUUUUGUACGGUUAUCAGCCGAAAAAGCCUGUAGUAGACGUGACUGAAUAUAAAGUAUAACAAUAUAACAGCUCUAAGAAUAAAUCUCAUCCAUAAUAAACUAUGGUAAAAGUAUUAUAUUUUAAAUUAAAAUGAUCAUGUAUGUAUUUUAUGUUAUACUAUUUAAUGUUAAGUUUUAAAUUAGAUUGAGCUGUGAAUAAAGGCAUUUCUCAGUAUCCAAGAGAUUAAUUUUAAGUACUUAAAUAUAAUUUAAAUUGUAAAUAAAAGUUAUUUUUAUUUAAUAUAUUUUUAUAAAUACAAA